AUGAGAUUCCGGGAGGCAUCCCUUCUCCGGUGCUGCUACAGACGGAGGGGUGAUAUCUGUUUCCGGUUGAUCGUCCGGACCCUGGGGACCUCGUCCGAAUCUGGGCUCCUUCCCUCGUCUACGCCGACACCGCCGUCGCCGCCGCUGCCGCCUCAUCCGUCGCUCAUUGUACCUCAUCUAGACGACGAAUACCAUUUUCCGGAGGAGCGGAGCGACAUGCUCUCUUCGAGGGUGGAGAGGCUCUCGAAAGGACAGUCCGUCGUGUCCGCAUUCCAGAGUUGGAUGGGGGACGGGUUUCCGAUCCACAGAGGCGACAUAUUUCACGCGAUCAACAGGCUGAGGAAGCUGAGAAUGAACAAGAGGGCGCUCGAGGUGAAAUUAGCUUCCUCGCAUCGCGUCAAUUUAUGGUCAGUAAGAUGUCUGCGGGUCCUUUGUACCUUGGUCCUCGUGGUUCAAGCGAUCGGAUUCUCCCUUCUGAUGCCUGGUUUUUCUAGGGUUUCAACACUUGUCAGCAGCGACAAUGUCUUUGGAUUGUGUCACUUGACGAAGAUAAAGUCUCUAAGAGUUUGAGAAUAUUUUAGAGAGCAUUUAUCUGCCAUUUUUGGUAGAAUUGCGUUCUCCGUGUUCAUUCAGCCUCUUUAUCACUAUUUAUUUCAAAAUUUUCAUCAUUUUUUUAUCAGUUAAUUAACGCAACAUCUGGUGUUGCUUAUAUCUUGCGUAUAGUAUGACUGUGGAUUCAUCUCUUACUUGUCCAGUAUCUUCAUUGGUAGCUCUGGUUUCAUGUAGCUUAUGAUUUGGAAGUGUCAGGUUCAACCCUUAGAGGCCGAUCACUGAUCUCUGCUAAAGAAAUCCAUUUUUAAUCUCUCCAAAAUCUUAGGCAUCAUCUUAUUUCAGAAGGAAAUAACGGGCGAUUUAUUUGAUUUCAAACAUGGGGAAUAAAUUCUCUGCUAGAAUAUAAACACUUGACCGCAUCUGGCUAGAGCUCUUGAAUUUUCCUCUUGUGUGAUUCCCACCUAGUUUAGUUUUCGACUAUGUUCCUUCUUCUCUAAUUCAAUCAUUUUGUCUUAUUUUGGAUGCCCCACAUGGAAGAAAUGCUUUCCCAAUAUUUUCCCUGAACCCAGCUUUUUUAUCAUACUUUAUUUCGACACACCAGGCCCCAGGUUAAGCUGGGCAAGGUGGUACUGAAUCAAGAUAUUUUCACAUAACGAAUUCAUAUAGGUUGAUCACACUUUUCCUGCAUCAAAUUGUUUUGUCUGGAGAUGCUGUGAUCCAAAGGCUUUGAAUCAUGGAAUGAUGACAGCUGAUUCAUCACAGAGAUUGAAGGAUCUCUGAGCAGUGAGUUUGAUCUGUUUUUCUUCAUGAAACUUGGAAAACAGAUCACCUCGAAUUGCCCAGUAAACCGAUUAUCCUUUUCUCUGUGUUAGAGAGAGAGAAAUUCCCACAGUUUCCUCAUUAUAGCCUGAACCAGAGAUCACAGCUCCCCUCUUAUUUCCGAAAAUACAGUGCUACACAAUGACAUGAGGAAUGCCCACCAGUUCCAGUGACUGAGUCCUUGGGAUCUUCCAUUGACAGGUUAUGGAGUGGGUGAUGAGAGAGAGGCCCUACAAGCUGAAGGAGCUGGACUACGCUUUCCUCCUCGAGUUCACCAUUAAACUCCACGGGAUCUCAUCCGGCGAAGGGCUCUUCGCCCGCAUCCCCACCGAGCACCAGAACGAGCUGCUCUACAACAACCUGGUCAUGGCCUGCCUUGACAAGGGCCUGGUCCGGCUCCCACUGGCCUACAUGAAGAGGAUGAGAGAGCUGGCCCUCCCCAUCUCUCCUUACAUAUACAACCGCCUGAUCAUCCUCCAUUCGUCCCCAGAUCGCAGGAAGAUGGUCCCAAAGAUACUGAUCCAGAUGAAGGCCGACGGGGUUCCCAUGCACACAUCGACCUUCAAUAUCCUCCUGAAGCUGGAGGCCGACGAACACAACAUCGAGGGCCUCUCCAAGGUCUUUGCCGACAUGAAGAAGUCCGAGGCCGUGCCGAAUGAGAUCACUUAUGGGAUUCUGGCGAUGGCCCAUGUGGCGGCAAGGCUAUAUGUGGCCGCCGAGGCCUAUGUGGAAGCCAUUGAAGAUGCUAAAUCGGGUAGCAACUGGUCAACGCUGGAUGUUCUGCUCAUCUUGUAUGGCUGCCUGGGCAGGGAGAAGGAGCUGGAGAGGACCUGGCGGGCUGUUCAGGAGCUUCCGCACGUCAGAUCCCAGAGCUUCUGCCUUGCCAUCGAGGCGUUUGGGAGGGUGAACCGGGUUGACCGGAGCGAGGAGCUCUGGAGGGAAAUGAGGUCCACCCGAGACUCAAAGUCAACGAGGCGGUUCAACUCAAUGAUAUCGGUUUACUGCAGAAGUGGGUUGUUGGGGAGGGCGUCGAAGCUGUUGAAGGAGAUGGUGUUGACCGGCUGCGACCCGAAUGCCAUCACGUUCCGCCACCUGGCGCUGGGCUGCUUGAAGGCCGGCCGGAGGAAGGAGGCCAUGAGAGCCCUUGAGAUGGGGGCGGACAGGGCCGUCAGUUUUCAGGUCAGAAGGUCAACCCCAUGGUUGGAGACGACCAACCUGAUGCUGGAGGAGCUUGCGGAGAUGGGGGACCUGGAGAAGGCUAGGGUUUGCUUCCAGGAGCUCAGAGAAUGCAGGUAUUCAAGGUAUGCCUUUGUGCACAACACCCUCUUGAGGGCUCACAUUAAAGCCAAGGUAUAUGAUCCCACUCUGUUGAAGAAGAUGAUCUUGAGCGGGGCCAGGCCUGAUGCAGAGACUUACAGCCUUCUGAGGCUCUUGGAGCAGCUCAAAACCUGA